AUGCCUGAAUUCGUCUUGCAAGCCGUGGGCGACGACGAGCAACAGUUCUUCCGCACCCUUCACGCCCGCACCCUCAACAAUCUCAACCACUCCUACCUCCUCCCCGUCGAUCACGACGAGAUCCAGCGUUCCGAUAUACACCACCGUUUGCUUCAGUUUGUUUUCUCUGGCAGAAACUAUGUAGGCCCCGUCAAGGAGGCUCUUCAAUUUGGCGAACAGCGACGAGUCCUCGAUCUUGGUACUGGUUCAGGCACAUGGGCAAUCGACAUCGCAGACGAGUUCCCCAGAGCAGAGGUCAUCGCCGUCGACCUCGCGCCCAUCCAGCCAAGAGUCGUUCCUCCCAACUGCACAUUCGAGAUAUGCGACAUCGACCAGUGGAGCAUUCCCUAUCCCGACGCCCACUUUGACUUCAUCCAUGCCCGGUCUAUACACAUAGGCAUCCACAAUUACCCCCGUUUUCUGCAUGAAAUUGCGCGUCUUCUCCGCCCCGGCGGCCUCGUUCUCUUGGUAGAACCCACACUGGACCCUUCUCCUCCGCCGCCGUCCCUUCCACCCAUGCCAGGCUGGUCCACUCUCUGGAAAACCUACCGGGCGUGCCUCAGCCGGCAGCUCAUCGACGUCACCGUCCCUGAAAGGCUUGCAGAUCUCCUAGCAGCUACGGCAGCCUUCGAGAACAUCAUCAUCCGAGACGGAAAUAUCCCCGUCGGUUUCUGGCCUCAAGAUCCGCAUCUUCUAUCUGUAGGUCAGCUUCAAUGGAUGGAUUAUGAAUUGUUCCUGCCUGCUCUGCGACCCUUUUUCCUCUGCAGCGGCCUCCCACCGUCGACCGUUGACCGGCUCAUUCGUGACGCGCAGCACGAUCUGUAUCACCCGUCCUAUCGUCCUUCGACCCUCAUUCAUAUUGCUUACGCCUCGAAAUGUUACUGA